AUGCAGCGCGACGGGGAUGCGGCGGCGGCCGCCGCGGCCUCGUACCGGGUGCUCAGCCGGCUGCUGGGCUAUGGCACCGGGCCGGAGGCGGGCGCGGCGGGCGGCGCCGGUACCGGUGCCGGCGCGGCGGGCGCGGGGCCCGGCGGCGGGGGGCGGCUGCCGGGGGCCGGGCCGGCGCUGCGCAGCCCGCGGCCGCAGCUGAUGGUUUUCCGCAACGCGGCGGCCGAGGGCCGGCCCGGUGAGGACUGCGGCCCGGCGGCGGCGGCGGCGGCGGCGGGCGGGGGGGUCCCGGGGGGCGGCGGGGCCGAGCUGUGCCCGCGGCACCGCUGCGCGCUGGAGCCCAAAGCGGCGGCGGGCUGGGGAGCGGCGGCGCAGAGCGGGCUGGAGCUGCAGCUGGCGGCGCUGGGGCUGCGCCCGCCGGGGCUGGGGGCGAAGGGGGCGGCGGGCGCGGCGGGCACCCCUUGCCCGUGCCUCGGGCCGCCCGCCGGCGAGGAAACCAGCGAUGCGCUGCUGGUGCUCGAGGCGCUGGAGCCCGACGAGGGCGGCAGCGGCUCCGAGGACGAGCCGGGGUCCCCGGGGCGCGGGGCCGCCCGCGCCGCCGGCAGAACGGCAGCCCCCGGCCCCGCGCCGCCGCCCGCGGGCACCGGCACCGGCACCGGCACCGGCCCCGGCGGCAGGAAGGGCUCGCUCCGCAUCCGCCUCAGCCGCCUCUUCCGCACCAAGAGCUGCAGCGGCGGCUCGGCCACCGGGGACGCCGCCAGCGCCGCCGCCUCGGCCGGGAGCCUCACGGAUGUGUGCGGGGCCCGCGGCCGGGAGCAGGAGCCGGGCAGGAAACACAGACUGACAAGAACCCAAAGUGCCUUUUCCCCGGUUGUGUUCAGCCCCCUCUUCACAGGUGAGACGGUGUCACUGGUGGACGUGGACAUUUCCCAGCGAGGGCUCAGCUCCCCUCACCCUCCGACCCCUCCGCCGCCGCCGCGCCGGAGCCUCAGCCUGCUCGAUGAUAUCAGUGGGACGCUGCCUCCGGCUGUGCUUGUGGGGCCCAUGGGCUCUUCCCUGCAAUCCUUCCCUCUGCCUCCGCCUCCUCCGCCCCACGCCCCAGACGCCUUUCCCCGGAUCGUGCCCCUGCGGCCCCCGGAGGCCCCGGGCCAGCCGCCGCCGCCACACCUGCAGUGUCCCCUGGCCCGGCCCGACCCCAGCAGCUUCGCCGCCAGCCUGAGGGAGCUGGAGAAGUGCGGCUGGUACUGGGGCCCCAUGAACUGGGAGGACGCCGAGAUGAAGCUGAAGGGGAAACCGGACGGGUCCUUCCUGGUGCGGGACAGCUCCGACCCCCGCUACAUCCUGAGCCUGAGCUUCCGCUCGCAGGGCAUCACGCACCACACCCGCAUGGAGCACUACCGAGGGACCUUCAGCCUGUGGUGCCACCCCAAGUUCGAGGACCGCUGCCAGUCCGUGGUGGAGUUCAUCAAGAGGGCGAUCAUGCACUCCAAAAAUGGGAAAUUCCUCUACUUCCUGCGCUCCCGGGUCCCAGGUCUCCCUCCGACGCCCGUCCAGCUCCUGUAUCCCGUCUCCAGGUUCAGCAACGUCAAAUCCCUGCAGCACCUUUGCCGCUUCCGGAUCCGGCAGCUGGUCCGGAUCGACCACAUUCCCGAGCUCCCGCUGCCCAAGCCCCUGAUCUCCUACAUCCGCAAGUUCUACUACUACGACCCGCAGGAGGAGCAGUACCUGUCCCUCAAGGAGGCCCAGCUCAUCUCCCGACAGAAGCAGGAGCCCGAAUCCUCCACGUAGCGGAGCCGGCCCGGCACUGACGGAAUUUGGUUGUUGCCCUCCUGCCGUGGUGGGGAGGAGGCUGAGCUCCUGCUGCUGCUGCUUCUGCUCUUUUCCCUGGAGGAGAGGGCCCAGCAUUCCCAGGAAUCCCAGCAUUCCCAGGAAUCCCAGCAUUCCCAGGAAACCCAGCAGAGCAGGAUCCGGAGCCCCGGCUCCUGAGAAAAGGAAUCCUGGGGAAGUGAGCCCGGCCCCGUGGGAUCCCUGCGGAACACAGAAUGUCACGGCACUAUUCCCAAGCUUUCCUGGGAGUUUUCAGUUUGGAUGGCUCUGGAUUUUUGGUGUUUUUUUUUUUUUUUUUUUUGGAUUUCAGCAUGAGGAACACUGGAUUUUCUGAUCCCACCUUGGGAAUUUCAAGGUGGGGGAGAGGGAGGAAAAAAAAGGGGGAAUUUUCUGGGAAGAUCCCUCUGCUCCGAGGCGUCGUGGCAAGGCUUUGAUCCUCACUGGAGAGCUGCAGGGGGAUGGAAUAACCCCUGGGAAUAAAUGAAGUGUGGAAUUCUCAGCAGCUCCACAGCUCCCCCACUUCCCAGGAUUUGGGAGAAGAGAGCCAAACCCUCCAGGUUUGGCAGGAGCAUCCUGGGAAAAGCUUGGAGCCACGGAAGAAGAAGAGGAAGGAAGAGCAUGGGAUGUGGUGGAUCCAAAGGGAACAUUCCUGGAAGAUUCCCCUGGAGCCCUGGGAAGGUGGAAAAGCUGCUGCUGGAAUUGCUGGAGCUCUCCCUGGAUCCUGAGGGAUCCCAAACUUGGGAUGGGCUCUCCCAGCCUGUCCCUGGUGGAUUCCAGAGGCUGGGAAUGGUGAUUUCCUCUGGAGGAUCCUCCUGGAGCAGCUCCCUCCUCUCCCCGGGACAUUGGGAACAGCAAAUCCAGGAGAGUUGUGGAUCUUUCCCAGUUUUUGGGCACAAAUUCCCUCCCUCACCCCUUGGGAUCCCGGGCUGCUGCUCCAUCCCUUGAGCAGGAAUUCCGUGGGGGAACUUCCAGCUGGGAAUUCUGGAGAAUUCUUCCCUGCUGUGUUUCAAGGAGCAGCAUUCCAGUGCUCUGAAUCCAAGGAAUUGCCCCAUCCUGCCGGAUCUGAGGAUUCCCUGGAGCCCUGGGAGCUGCCAGGACCUGGGGGGAUGAUCCCAGACCUGGAAUUCCUGUGGAUUUUAAUGGAAAAAAAAAAUUCCAAGCUGCUUUGCCACGAAAGGUGCUACAAAUCCUGCCCUGCCUGCCUCCUCCAGCUGGGAUUUGGAGGAAAAAAAAAAAAACCACAAUCCUUAAAAAAAUUCCAGGUUUCUGGGUGAAACUGAGCUUGAAAAUCCAUGGAAAUACCUCAUGGGACUGUGUGAGGGAAAACCUUCCCGGGAGCCAGGCCUGCUCCAGCUUUCCUUCCCAAAAAAACCCCAAGAGACCCUGGGAAAAAAAAAAGGAAAACUGGAUCAGGGAUGGAUACUGGGAUGAAGGGAAUUGGGAAGGUGUGAGGCAAUCCAGGGAAAAUCCAGGGAAAAUCCUGUUCUCUCCAUGGGGUGGUGGUGGCAGCAUUCCCACUCUUCUUUGGGAAUGGGGAGAGGUUUGGGAAGGGGGAGCAGCAGA